AGGAGAGGAAACCUUAAGGGUUUCCGAACUGAUGGGAUGCUCUGUUCUUUUGUAGGGUCACAUCGUGAGAUCCGGGACAGCAUCCUGAAGGACCACAGUGGAGGUUACCGGCCCAGAGAGCCCCAAAGACUCCGAGAUGGAGAGCGAGGUGGAGGGGCAUCCUGUCGGCCGCCCCACUUCUGAUUGCUCCGCCGAGAUGGCCGGACCUAUAUCCGAGGUGCAGGAGAGCCGGACGAAGAGCAGCAGUGGACCAUCCAGCCCUGAGUCUUCUCUGGAGGCAUGGCAGGCCACCUCCAACGUCUCCCUGAGCAUCCCUGAGAUGGGGGAGCUGCACACAGGGUCCAAGCUGUCGGAUUCGGCAUGGCUUAAGAAGAAGUUGAGCCGAAAAUGGAUCGGUUUCCUGAGGCGUGAAGAAGGCUGCCCUCCGCACCAUCAGCCAAGGUCUUGGACUCCAGCAGAAAUCCCUGAGUUUUCAGAAGAACUGGAUGCUCUGCAGUCUUUUUGCAGCCUGAAGAUAAGCCAGAUCCAGUGCCAGGAGCCUCACAGCCGUGGACCUAAAAACCCAGCAAUUUCCUUCGAUUCCAGAAAGGCUGUGACAGAACAGUUGAACCAUGACAUUCCUGAUCAGCUGGUGAGGAGACUCCAUCUGAAAAACAUCCUAGAGACAGUGCAACAGGUGGCUGCUGUUCAACUACACCAGCCCUCCCAGUGUCCCGACUGCAACAACCAAAGAGCCCAGAUGGGCCAGAUGACAUUCCUUAGGCGAAAGAAGACCCUCCUGGAGUCAGUUCUACUCCGGGAAAAAAUGGAAGAACAGCUUUAUACAAAAGACGUGAUCACCCGCCUGGGAGAGGUGCAUCAGAGCCUCCCCAGGCUUGGGGCAGGCCCACGGUGGGUCUGGACAGAGCUGAGCGCCAAGGCUCAGGCCCAGCGGCCUCGGAUCCUGACAGGCCUGAAGCCGAGAGGGUUGUCGGUGGAAGAUCCGGCGGCGUCCUCUUCUGGCCCCCCGACUCCUCCCCACCCGAAGAGGAUGUAGUCUGAGGGUUGCUGGGGCCGGGCUCAGCAGAGUGCGUCUCUGCAGUCAGAUCGGCAAAGUCCCUCCCGCACCGACAGGAAAGACACCCACUUCACAAUCCCAGCUGGCAAAACCCUUCCAGGAGCACAGCUCUUAAGCUCCCUCAUCCAAUAAGUUGUUCACAUGGUAGUGGCCAGCGUUUUUCCUUGUUAUCUUGACCAGUGGCAAAUUUGUGGGUUCCACCUGUGGGAUUUUGGAAAUCCCUCUUGGUUAUUUGCAGCAGGAAGGAGAAAAAUGGGCCUGUUUUCUUAACGGGACCUGAUGGCUGGGUUGCAGCCCUGCCUCUGGUUAACUGGAAAACCCAAGUGGAGUAGAGGAAAGCUGAGCAGCAAAUGGGCUACUCGAGGAACAAAGCCAAGUAGGUAUUUCUGGUUCUGGAAUAAAAAGGAGAUGAGCUAGAAAUUAUUAUUAAAAAUAGUAAUAAUAAUAACUGUGGUAUUUGCUAAGUGCUUCCUAUGUGCCAGGC